ACGCCACAUCUUUGUUGGGCAGUAAAAAAGUCAACAGCGAGCAAUUUUGUAUUCCAAAAAUAUACGGAGGCGCGUGAAUCAUACGCGACAAAAUUCGAGUACAUAAUAUAUCAAGUAUUCAUAUUGAUAUUCAAUUUUAUAUUACACGUAUACGCAAUACGUUGUAUUUGCCUUAACUUAGACCGUCACCGUACCGAUCCGCCCCCCUUGUCAGUCGUGUGACUACGGGAGAGUGUUUUUAGUAAAUUACUAUAUAUUAAUAGUUGUGUUCUGUGUGUGUGUGUUCAACAUAAAAAAAUAAAUAUGUUCAGUUUUCUAAAGCGCGAGACUCGCAAUCAAGAGGUGGUCGAGAAUGCCAUUGGCGAGUUGAAAAAGAUUUAUCGCAGCAAAUUGUUGCCCCUGGAGGAACACUAUCAGUUCCAUGACUUUCACUCGCCCAAACUUGAAGAUCCUGAUUUCGAUGCGAAGCCCAUGAUAUUGCUUGUGGGCCAGUACUCCACGGGCAAAACAACCUUCAUACGUUAUCUGCUGGAGCGUGACUUCCCGGGCAUACGCAUUGGUCCAGAGCCCACAACGGAUCGUUUCAUAGCUGUGAUGUAUGACGAUAAGGAGGGCGUCAUUCCCGGCAAUGCGCUGGUGGUUGACCCAAAGAAACAGUUCCGCCCCCUGUCAAAGUACGGCAAUGCGUUUCUAAAUCGUUUCCAGUGCUCGUCCGUAGCGUCGCCCGUGCUGAAUGCCAUCUCCAUUGUGGACACGCCCGGCAUACUGUCAGGCGAGAAGCAGCGCAUCGAUCGUGGCUAUGACUUUACUGGCGUCCUAGAGUGGUUCGCAGAGCGUGUGGAUCGCAUCAUUUUGUUGUUCGAUGCCCACAAGCUGGAUAUAUCCGACGAGUUCAGACGCUCCAUUGAGGCGCUGAAGGGGCACGAUGACAAGAUACGCAUUAUACUAAACAAGGCUGACAUGAUCGAUCACCAGCAGCUGAUGCGCGUUUACGGCGCGCUCAUGUGGUCUCUGGGCAAAGUGCUGCAGACGCCGGAGGUGGCGCGCGUCUACAUUGGCAGCUUCUGGGAUCAGCCGCUGCGCUUCGAUGCCAAUCGCCGCCUGUUCGAGGAUGAGGAGCAAGAUCUGUUCCGUGAUUUACAGUCACUGCCACGCAAUGCGGCGCUGCGCAAGCUCAACGAUCUGAUCAAGCGUGCGCGUCUGGCCAAGGUGCAUGCCUUUAUUAUUGCCGAGCUGCGCAAGGAUAUGCCCACGGUGUUUGGCAAGGACAGCAAGAAGAAGGACUUGAUUAAGAACCUGGGACAGAUCUACGAUCGCAUACAGCGCGAGCAUUCGAUCUCACCUGGAGAUUUCCCCGACAUUAAGAAAAUGCAGGAAGUGCUGCACCAUCAGGACUUUACCAAAUUCCAUUCACUCAAGCCACAUCUGCUGGACAUUGUGGAUAAUAUGCUGGCCAAGGAUAUUGCGCGUCUGAUGGAAAUGAUUCCACAAGAGGAGCUAACACUCACUACCGAUCCUGUGGUUAAGGGAGGUGCCUUCGAGGGCGUCAUCGACGACCAUGUCUCACCGUUUGGUUACAUGAAAGGCGAGGGCAUCGACGCCGGAUUCGGUGAGCACGAAUGGAUUUGCAACAAGGACAAGCCACGCACAGAUACCAUUUUCAACGAACUGGGUCCGGUCGAUGGCAAAAUCUCCGGCUCAACUGCCAAGCAGGAGCUUAUAAAAUCAAAACUGCCCAACUCUGUGCUUAGCAAAAUCUGGAAAUUAUCGGACAUUGAUUGUGAUGGCUUUCUGGAUUCGGAUGAAUUUGCACUUGCGUUACACUUGAUCAAUGUGAAGCUGGAGGGCUGUGAGCUGCCCACUAUGCUGCCGGAGCAUUUAGUACCACCGUCGAAGCGUUUCGCUUAAUGUUGCGUGCCCGCUUGGACAUACGCCCACAACCACAAUGACCUUGACCCAGCCAAACACACACACCUUCUGGACGGCAGUUAGCCGCCAAAUCCUGCGCCUCAGCGCUGCACUCUGUUCGUUCUGUUUCCGGUUUUAUGGCAUGUACGGAAAUUGUUUUUUUUUAUAUGUACUCUACUCGUUUACACAAUUUGCUAUACUGAGUAUUGACUCACAAACGCACGCACUGUAAUAUACAAUAUCAGCAAAGUCUAAAUUCAAAGAAUUUACACAAGAAAUAUUUUUGGAACACUGACCUUAUUUAAAUUUAUAAUGUGAGAAUAUUAAAAUGAGAAAUUAUAAUGAAAAUAGAAACUAGAUAGAGGAAUUGUACAAUAAAGGCGCACUUUAUUGUUGUUUUAAGUUUAAAGUACAUACUGAACACUGUUCUCUGAACUACUACAAACUAUGUAUAAUAAAAUGGCAGAAUGCGAGAAACGUAUACAAUAUUUAGAUUUAAAUAUGUUAAUGCCUAUUGAAGUUAGCCCAUAACUGAGCCACUUUUGAUAUACGAUUUAUACAUGUAUAUAAAAUGCAUACAUAUAUACACAUUUAUACAAUGCAAUCAAGUUAAUGUCGUUCGAAAAGUAACAUUUAUAUUUAUUUUGCAAUCUUAUAUA